AGAUGACGGCGUGGCUGCUGCGCUGCAUUGUGAUCCUGCUGGGCGUUGCGGCCCAUCUUCACCCGGCCGGCGCCUUCCCCUUCAUCCUCACCCAGCUGAGCACCCGUAAGAGCAGCUGCAAGGCCAUCCCCAGCAGCAUGACCCUGUGCCACGCGGUGGGCUACGGAGAGAUGCGCCUGCCCAACCUGCUGGGCCACGACACCAUGAAAGAGGUUCUGCAGCAGGCCGGGUCCUGGGUGCCCCUCCUCACCAAGCAGUGCCACGCCGACACCAAGAAGUUCCUGUGCUCCCUGUUUGCCCCCGUCUGCCUGAGCGACCUGGAGGAGGCCGUCCACCCCUGCCGAUCCCUCUGUGAGGAGGUCCGCGACGGCUGCACCCCCGUCAUGGCCGCCUUCGGCUUCCCCUGGCCCGAAAUGUUUAACUGCAGCCAGUUCCCCGAGGGCAACGAGCUGUGUGUGCCCCCCGCUGGCCAGGAUGAGAAGCCGCUGGUGGUGAAAGAAGAGCUCCCGUGUGCCGCCUGCCAGAGCGGAGGAGACGCCGACAAGGAGUUCCUGCAAGGUUUCUGCUCCUGGGAUUUUGCCCUGAAGAUCAGCAUCCGCUCCACGUCCACCUUGGAUGGAGACCUCAUGGUGGUCCCGGAAACGAAGAGCCGGGCCGUGUACAAGGCCAAAGGCUGGACGGAGGAGGAGCUGAAGAAGACCCACCUGUGGCUGACGGACGGUGACGGCUGCCUCUGCCCAGACCUCCAGGAGCCCGGGGCCACCGUGCUGGCGAUGGGCCACCGGGUGGACGACAAGCUGGUCAUCUCCUGGGUGCGCAAGUGGCAGAAGACGGAGAAGGAGAUGAGGAGAUUUUCCAGGACUGUCCGCAAGUUCCAGUGCUAGACGUGGGAGGAGCCCCCCCAGCGCCGG